CCCGCGGGGAGAGCGCAAUGAGGGCCGAGCCGGGGCCCGGGCUGGAGGUGGGCCACCCGCAUCCUCCACGAGCCCUUCCACCUGUGCCGAGUGCUACUCAAGAUGAUAUUCCACUUAGUCGUCCUAAGAAAAAGAAACCCAGAACAAAAAACCCGCCAGCUUCUUUGGAAGGCCUUGCUCAGACUGCUGCUCGUAGGCCAUCUGAGAGCAGUGAGGCACCAAUUAAAGAACUCCAAGAGCAUCCAGAGGCUCCCGUUCAAAGGAGACAGAAGAAGACAAGGCUCCCUCUUGAAUUGGAUACUUCCUUCACCCAAAAGAAAACAUCCAGUUCAUCUUUAUUACGAAAUGAAAAUGGGAUUGAUGCGGAGCCAGAUGAGGAAGCAGUUGUUCAAAAACCUCGAAGGAAGACAAAGAAAGCCCAGCCAGUAGAAGUCCAGUAUGCCAAUGAGCUGGGGGUAGAGGAUGAAGACGUUAUUACUGAUGAGCAAAGUCCUCCAGAACAGCCAUCUGUGUUCACCGCACCGACCGGCAUCAGCCAGCCCGUAGGCAAAGUGUUUGUGGAGAAAAGCCGGCGAUUCCAGGCUGCUGAUCGUUCAGUGUUGAUAAAGACCACAGAAAACCUAGACAUGUCAAUGGACAUGAAGCCUUCUUGGACCACCCGAGAUGUGGCACUUUCAGUGCACCGGACUUUCAGGAUGAUUGGUCUCUUUUCUCAUGGAUUCUUGGCUGGCUGUGCUGUGUGGAAUAUUGUUGUAAUAUAUGUUCUAGCAGGAGACCAGCUAUCUAACCUCUCAAACCUUCUGCAACAAUACAAGACCCUAGCAUAUCCAUUCCAGAGUCUUCUCUACUUGCUUCUGGCUCUAAGUACAGUUUCAGCUUUUGACAGGAUUGACUUUGCUAAAACUUUAGUAGCAAUCCGAAAUUUUUUUGCCCUGGAUCCAACAGCUUUAGCAUCUUUCUUGUACUUUACUGCUCUUACACUAUCUCUGAGUCAGCAAAUGACAAGUGACAGAAUCCACCUUUACACACCUUCUUCUGUUAAUGGUAGCCUCUGGGCAGCAGGAGUUGAGGAACAGACUCUCCAUCCGUGGAUUGUGGUGAAUCUGGUGGUGACUCUUUUGGUUGGACUAUCUUGGAUUUUUUUGUCUUAUAGGCCAGGCAUGGAUCUUAGUGAAGAGCUGAUGUUCUCCUCUGAUGUGGAAGAAUAUCCUGAUAAAGAUACAGGAAUCAAAGCCUCUUCAUAAUACCAGUGCACCUUCAGAAGAAUAAAGAUGCAGUAUUUUUUCCAUUUUUGUUUUAAAAUGUAUUUUUAUAAGAUGUGUAUAUGUGUAUUUGUAAUAGAUUUUUGAUUGUAUAAUACUGAAACACUUCUCAAGAUUAUGAAAAAUGUUAAAACUGUAUCUGCUGUUUAUACCAAACAUCACAUUCUGUAGCCUUAUCUUAAUGACAAAGGAGGUAAUGAGCUAGAAGCCCACCAGAGAAAAUGUCUAUCCCUCCUGUUUUCUCAAAUUAGUUGUGUUUAUAAUCAUUAUCUUAAAAAGCACUUGUUCAGAAAAAGUCAUAACUUUAGUGUUAUAAAAUAUAUAUCAGAUUUAAACAUAAAUUUAGGGAAUAGGGCAGAAGGGAAAAAAGGCCUUCGUUACUUAUUUUUCAUGUCUCCUUAAUUAAUUGAAUUAUGAAAUUUGUCUUUUUCUGAAACUGACUUAUUGGUGAUGUAUCAUAUAAUAAUUGCAAUGUAACUUAGCUUUGAAGAUGCUUUAUAUCAUGGCUAAUAAAAUGUAUAUUUUGUUUGAAAAA